GGUCACACUAAUUUCUUUUUUCGUCUGGGUGGUUGUUGUGCGAAAAGGCGGUCGGCGAAUAUUCAAAAGUAACUGCAAUCUGCAUCCGGAGCUGAACCGAAAAACACGGAAAGUGGUCACAGUUGUGAGCGCGAGACAGAAAAGUUGAAAGGCUAGCGACUGCGAGCUGUGUGCAUUUCGACAAAAGUCGGAACUCGGUGCCAGGGGAAGGAAGUGGAGGAAGGACAAGCAAAUUCGUGCUCUUGGCCGUUCCUGCCUGCGUCUCUCUUUCGCUGCGAGAGCGGUGUGUAUGUGUGAGUGCGAGUGCGAGAAGAGAAUCUGCAAGAAAAGCAACGCCGAAAAGCGAGGAAUCGAGAAAUAAAACGCAGUGGCGUGUGAAUCACGAGCAGCUGAAUCAUCUCACUCGCAGAAAUACUUGCUUCUGUUGGCGAAUCAUACAUCGCAGAGGAUGGAGCACCACGAGGACAACGCUCAGCUCGACAACUACUUGCAGAACCGCCUGGCCGAGAGUCUGCAAAUUUCCGGGGGCGACAACGAGCACCAUCUUCACCUGGCAGACGCCGCCGGGGACGAGCUCUCCGCCCCUGGCAUCGCGUCCUCCAAGUCGGACAAGAACGACGGCGAGGAGGACGAGGAGUGGAAGUACAUCCACGAGGUGCAGCAGAGCGAGAAGCUUCAACAGCAGCAGCCGCUUCCUCUGGCUGCGGACACGGGCAACGGAUUUGGCCCCGGCGGCCACUCUGAGGAUCUGGUCCUGGGAAACGGCGGUGCCGCUGGUCUCAGUCUGGCCUACGAGGAGGAGGACGUGGAAGUGAUCAAGAACGACGGUGACUUAUCCACGAACUCCAAUACCACCACUUCUACAGACGAAGUGGUGGCCCAGGAUCAGCAGCAAGCACAGGAGGAAGAACAGCUGGCGGAGCAGCACCAAGAGCAGAAGUUGCAGUCCCAGGAUCUCCAGCAGGAGGACGAGGACGAGCCCAGCUCCGUGGCCACUACCUAUGGAACCAGCAGUCUCAGCGAGAAUAAUCCCACAUCCUUGGAUAAAGAGGAGGUCGUGCUGGCGGCCCAGCCAGCUGCCGAAGAACUGCUAGCGGGCUUCGAUAAUAAGGAGAACUGUGAUUAUGUCGAGGGUGUGGAGGAGAACCACUCUCAGCUGAAUCCCAAUGCUGUGGCCUUUGUCCCUAGCUUUGGCUCCCAGCCAUCCUCCCCCCUUCCCGCUGUGGAGGAGCCACUACUCGGACUGAAUCCCCGCCAGCUGCUGUCUGGAGGUCCCCUGGACGAUCUGGUGGCGGAGAGCCCGCGCAAGGGAUCCGCCCGGGAGAAUAUGGAUGCGAUUGCAGUGCCCGAUGAGCGGGAGUUCGACAUUGAGGCGGAUAAGCGACCCCACGAACUGGAGCUGGAAUCUGCCCUCUUUGGCGCAGGAAAUCUGGAGGUGCAGUUGCUAAAUGGAGCAGGAAACGCGGAGCCGGUUGCCGUAGCGGAUGUGUUGGAUCACGGUCCGGAGACAAGUGUGGAUAUGGACUUUUCGCUAGAUCAGCUGCCAGCCAGUGCCGAUAUCAUGAAGCAAUCGAUUUAUGCCGAGCAUAAUGCCUCCAUUGAAGACAUCCUAAAUUCCGUGCAACCCCUGCCCAUUCAGACGGGUGACGAAAAGGAACUGCUUCAUGUGGAGGAGAAAGAGCAUGUCUCGCAGUCACCUUCCACUGAGGAGCUCCAGAUUCAGCAAGAGUUCCAGCACGAGCAGCCGUUGUUCAACAACGCCAAGCAGGACCUAAUGCAGGCUUCCUUUUACUUGGAGCAUACGUCCAAGGAAGCGCAGAAAGAAGAGCACCAGGAGCUGAACGAGCUUCCUGUGGACAGCACCGAUAUUUUUGCCGAGCAGAGUUUACUGCUGGACACCAGUGCCCCGCAGUUCAGCCCUGAAUCAGACUCGCCUGUGGCCAAAUUGGAGCUGGAAUCCCAGCAGGCUGACAUAGUGGACAUCACACCUUCGCCUAUUUCUUCCACUGAGGAGAAGCAUUUGGUUGAGGACACCAAGGAGCUGGUUGAGGAGAACAAGUUCGUUCAGGAAUCUCAUCACUUUGAGCCUUUUUCAGUUGGAGCUCCUCCUCAGAUGGAGGAGUACGCUGCCUUUAGUGCAGCUCCUGGCUCUGAAGCUCAAAUUGAUGACGAAAUAUCACCAGCAACUCAAGGUAUUAAUCCGUUUGCCCAGCCUUUCACACCCGCACACCUUACCUUGGAGCAGACGGAGAAGGAGUUUACUCUUGAUCAAACGGAAGCACUGGCCGCUAACUUUAAUGAACUUCAGCUGCAAGAGGAGCUAGUGGAGGAGCAGUACAUGGGCGUACCGGAUGUCGCUUCGAAGUACUUCGACUUAAGUGAUAAGGUUGCUAGUAAGAGUACAGAGGAUGUGGAGGAGCCAAAAAGUGAUCAACCAGGUCUUGAAAAUUUUGUUUCCGAGGAGGAAGAGAAUUCUCCCCCAGAGGAGAAACUACAGCACGGUGGAGAAGACUUCAGUCCCAAAGAAGAACUUGCCUCUGAAGAGAAAAUCAUAGUGGAAGACUUUGUCCCCAUCAAAGAGGAGCCCGCUGUUCCCGAGGAGCAACUGCUUCCAGCUGCUACACAGGCGCCACUGACUGCUGCUGCAGAGGAGUCACUGUCUGUUGCACAAGAAGAACCGAUUAUUUCUGAGAUUCAACAAGCUGUGCUGCCGAAUAGUGAGCCAUUAGUGCAAAAUAUUCCAGAAACAAAAAAGGAAGAGGAAGUUGCGGCACCCUUGGCGGAAGUAGCUUUAGUUGCUGCAGCUGCGGUUGCUGCUGUCACCAAAUCUAAUUCAACGACCAAAACAGGAGCCACUGUAGCCUCUGCUAAACCGAAACCAGCAGCCUCUACAAUUAAGAAUACAACAACGAGCUCCACGUCUACUGCCGGAGCAAAUAAGUCGGUCGCUGGUCGUCCACGCACCGCCCCCGUAGCAACCAAAACUACAAGUACAGCUGCCAAACCUUCGACUGCAGCUCCACAUACAGCAAUCACUCGGAAACCACUUAGCAGCAAUGCAGCAUCUGCAGCAAAACCAGCACUGAAGUCAACCAGCACACGACCGGCCACAGCUCCUGUGAGCAAGGUGGCAUUGGGGGCCAAAACUGCAGCCAGCAAGCCUACUGCAAGUGCAACUGCAUUGGGAACUGGAUCUGGAAGCGGAACCAGGACUACAGCUCGUCCUUUGGCCAGCACCACAGCUCGCAAGCCAGCCACAAGUGGAACAGGAUCAGGAUCAGGAAGCGGAGUCGGCUCUACUGCUCGCAGACCAGCUACAAAUGCAUGCGGAACUGGACCAGGCUCUAGCAGUGCUGCUGCAACUAAGCCACGACUGGCGGCUACUUCGACAGCCCCGGCCAAGCCAAAAGCUUUGUCGCCGCGAAGCACCACUUCCAACACCACCACUGUGCGUAAAGUGCCCAGCACAAGUGCUACUUCUCUCUCAGCUCGCAGUCCUACCAAGCCGGCUGUAAACGGGCAAUUGGGCAAGAGCACCAGCUCCACUACCACCACCACUACAACCACAACGAUCACUAAAACUUUCACAGCUCGUCCUGCUCCAAAGUUCAACCACUCGGCAAGCACUACCACUAGCAAUACAAGCACAACUCGACGGCUGCUGGUUCCUAGUAGCUCCUCUGGAUCAACCGCGGCGAGUCUGAGAAAGACAUCGCCUUCGAAGACAUCGCCAGUCAAAGCUGCCUCCAAGCCGCUGACACCCAAACCCAAAGAAAGCGUCACGAACAAACCAUCGCCAGCUGGAAUAAAAGCGCGGAAAUCUACACCCCUAAAGGGAGCAACACCUAUCCGGGCACCAGCAGUAGCACCACCUGCUGAUACUACAUCAACCACCAAUGGUCAGAAUAAUGAAGUGGAAGCUAUCAAACAAAACGGAAAUGGCAUUCACGAUUUGGGGGACGUUCAACCGACUCAAGAGCAACCGUUUCAGGAUCAAGUUGUCCCUCCCCAAAAUGCAGAAGUGUCCCUUUUGGAUUUUUAAAACACAUCCCAGAUUCCAGAUCACAGAGCUAAAACUACUUUACUAAUAUAAUAAAACAUAUUAAGCAAAAGUAUUCAGCGCGAACAGAAAAUAUCGAGUCACGAUCAAAUUAACGAAAAUCUAAGAAUGGCAUCAGCAUUCUGAUAACCAAAUUCAUAAUUGCUACUCAUUGAACUUAUUUAUAUGCGAUUACAUAUUUGAUUUCUUGCUAAAUAUUUCUAUCUCAUAUAUUUUAUUGAAAUGGGCUCAGAGCGAAAUCAUUUUUGUGCUAUUUUGUGAAAAAAACGAAACAUAAAUAUCACCAAGUGCUCCGUUUUGUUUAAGAAGUAAGAUGUUUUAUUUAUUAAUUGUUCCUCAAGCUCUGUUAUUUUGUUGCUCAUGUGCUGAAAGAAAAUUGUUUCAAAUUGUGUCAACGUUUCGAAAGAGCAGCGAAGUGGCCUCGAUUAAAUCAACAGAUAACAAUUCUCAUUUGUAAGAAAAAACGCAAAAUGCAAAUAAGCAGGAGGUGAAGAAAUUUACUAAAAAAAAUAAACCAAAUUUGAAACUUGUCGUGUAGCAAGAACAAGAUAAAGGAUGAAAAUCCAAGUUUAAAUGUAGCUAUUAGUCGGCGUCCUAACACGGAAAAAACGAACACUUAAAACGAAUCAAAACUAAUCCAACACAAAAGCAACGUAAUUUGCGCAGCUGAAACCGUAGACUGCUAACCUUUAAAAACAUAAUAAGAAUCUAAAAUAUUAAUCAUGAAUAGAUGUGUUUCCAUUGUACUUCCUAGCACCACGAUCUUUCAAACUCGAACAUAUAAGUAACUUGAUUUGUAUACUUUCCUCCCGUUUUGUUUGAACAACCUUGAAAAAAGUAAACAUAAUAUAAUUUAAAAAAAAUAUCGUGGUGAAGGAGCAGAACUAAAAACAUGCUCAUUAUUGGUUAUAAGCAAGAAAAAAAUUUUACCCAGUGUUAUAUUUUAAAAUGAAGAAACAAUUCGGAACGUUUUUUAUUUAACCAUGUUUUUAAAUCCGUUUUUCUCUUACUUUUUUGUGACCUAGGUCAAAGUGUAUUAUUAUUUUAUAAUUUGUUGAUUUUGCCACACGAAAACGAAAAAACAGAAUCAAUAAGCGUAACAUUGAAUGUAACCCCUAUUCACACUCUCUAUACUUGUAUGUUCAAAACGAUAUUACCAAUUAAAACAAAAUGAACAAAAAAAUACUUAAAACAGAAA